AGUUAAGGACCACACUUCCAGCUGGUUGCUCCACUUCAAAUGAGUAUUCAGACACUGCAAGCCGCUUCAAUCUCAUGGGACAUCAGGUCAAUUGACAGAGCUUUAAAGUCAUCAAUUUACUGUCCCAACAACAAGCAAAAGUUCAUGACAAGUGCUCCUUUUCCGUUUGCCAGACCUCAAAGACUUCUAAUCCAAUGUGGGGUUCGGUUUCGCCCUUGUAUCGACAUACACAAGGGAAAAGUGAAGCAAAUUGUUGGGUCCACCCUUCUUGAUGCAGAGGAAGGCAAUUCAACUCUUGUCACAAAUUUUGAAUCUGACAAAUCACCAGCAGAAUAUGCAUAUCUCUAUAAAGAAGAUGGACUUCUUGGUGGUCAUGUAAUAAUGCUUGGAGCUGAUCCAUUGAGCAAAUCAGCAUCCAUUGAAGCAUUGCAUGCUUAUCCUGGCGGUUUGCAAGUUGGAGGUGGUAUCAGUUCAAGCAAUGCUUUGAGUUACAUAGAGGAAGGGGCCAGCCAUGUCAUUGUCACCUCAUAUGUAUUCAAUAAUGGAAAAAUGGACCUUGAGAGGCUAAAAGAACUUGUGGGUGUUGUUGGAAAGCAGAGGCUUGUCUUGGAUCUUAGUUGCAGGAAGAAGGAGGGGAAAUAUGCCAUCGUUACUGAUAGAUGGCAGAAGUUCAGUACUGUAUAUCUUGAGGAGAAAGUAUUGGAUUCUCUUGCUUCUUAUGCGGAUGAGUUUCUGGUCCAUGGAGUUGAUGUUGAAGGACAAAAACUGGGAAUUGAUGAAGAGCUUGUAGCAUUGCUCGGCCGCUACUCGCCGAUUCCGGUGACAUAUGCUGGUGGUGUUACUCUAAUGGCUGAUUUGGAGAGGAUAAAAGUUGCAGGGAGGGGGCGUGUGGACAUUACUGUGGGUAGUGCUCUUGAUAUUUUUGGUGGCAACUUGGCGUACAAAGAUGUGGUAGCUUGGCAUGCUCAGCAGGAGGCUUUGGCAGUUUAGCUUCUCCUUUCGUUUCUACUUGUAUUUUCAAUAUGACUUCAUGAUGGCUCAAAUCUAGAUUGAUUAUGCAUAGAAACUGGAUGCAUUAUUCAUCAUGCCUUACAUCUAGAUUGAUUCAUGUUGCCGUUUUUCAUGAGAUGUAUAAUUUAGAAGCUUUAUCUAUUAUACAAAUUUGAAAAUAGAAUGAUGUUCUGAAAAAUUCUCUCAAGCAAAAGAGUACAGAGAUAUUCUCCUCGUGUGCUUCAGCCUAUGCCCUCCAAAA